AAAGAGAUGUUAGAAGAGACUAUAGUAUUGGACACUCCUAUUAGGAAUUGGGUAGUAAUACCUAUAUUGUUUGUAUUGUUCAUCGUUAGUGCACUCAAGAGUAAUAUAGCAGGUCUGAUGCAACAGUCAGAGAGGAAACAGGUCGUGCAGAAUGUUAUGGAGGUGUAUGUAGUACUGUUCGCAUUAAAGGACACUGGCGCAGGUAAUAAUCCAAUGGGAAUGCUUGGCAAUGUGUUUAAGGAUCAGUCAGGUAUGACUGAUAUGCUCAAGGGUAAUGUGGUCAAUGUAGUACCUCAGAUUGGUCUGAUGACAUGGGUCAAUCACUUCUUCUCUGGAUUCGUCGCCGUCAAGAUCCCAUUCUUCCCGCUCACAAUCCGUUUCAAGCGUUUCCUGCAGAGCGGCAUCGAGCUGUCAUCACUGGACGUCUCGUAUGUCAGCUCGCUGAGUUGGUACUUCCUGUGCUGGUUCGGUCUGGAGGGCAUCAACUCGCUUCUGCUGCAGGAGCGCCCGCAGCUCAACGAGACUCUGCUUCAAUCACAGGUGGAGCAGGGCUUGCCGGCACAGCAGACACCAACACAUCAGCUCUACACAUCGGAGCGCGAGAACCUCGAGUUGAUCCAGCACGAGUGGCUGAUGGACAAUGUCGAGCAGCGAUUGCUUUACAAGCUACAAAACAAGAAGAUGCCAGAGAAUGAGAGCAAGUCGUCGGCUGCAUCAAGUUCAGCAUCUCAGGCUACUGCAACAACAGUCAAGCGAAGA